GUGGAUCAACAGAUAAGUUCUUCCUAAAAUGCAUAUACAAGUUAUUCAGCAUAUAAAAGGAAGAAGAUGACAUUUCAGAUUUAUUCGAUCGCAUCCUCAUCAUACAUAAUGCGUUUCUCCUUUGCAAUCGUGCGAGUGUUCGCCCUCGUUACUGCUUUUGCAUCAUCAAUAUCUGCCAUGCCCACUGAUACUAGCAUUGGGUACUGUCCCAUGUUUUGCCACAAACAGAGUGAAUGUAGUACCUGCAUCUACAACCAUUGCGUGAGUUUCAGUAGUUUGUGUCCUGGAUUUAACCGCACGACUCACCGACAUGGAAGAGCUUCAUUGUAUGCACGGGUUGAACGUGACGUAAUACGAACAUACUAACGGCCCAAUAUAUCGAGUAACUUCAAUUUUGAGUACAAGGUGGAGAUGAUGAGAUUAGACUCGGUUCACAGAGCAGAGAAAUAGAAGUUGAUCGAUGAUUUAAUUGCUGUGAUGAUGCGGCGAUUAAUUGGUCUUUUGU